AUGGGGACGUAUGAUUUUUCAAUUUCAGGUCCACUUAUGUUGGCGCUGACGUCAUCCAAACCAUCUUCUGCUCGCCUAUUCCUUUCGCAUUCUCAAGACGAGAUGGAUGCUUUCUAUCCACCGCUACCACAUGACACUCGUUUGGCUUAUGCUGUAUCGAAAGGCGACAGUUCAGAGACCAAUCAGGUUCUCAUCACUUGGAAAGCCGCUGAUCGUGUCAGGUCAGCCGAAGCAAAUCGCUAUCGCUACUGUGCGAUAGUUUCUCGACGUGUACCGGACUGGGCAGUGUGUGGUGAACUGAAUGAGGGCCUUGAGUCCAUUCACUGCGUACCACAAACGAACAAUUCUAUGAUUAUACAGAAAUUACGGUCAGGAAAGCGCUACUUCAUUACGUUAUUCGUGCGAGAUUCACUUCAUGGCAGCACGUCGUCUUACGAAACGCUUGAAGUGAACUUGAGAAAGACUGUCGACAACAGUAGUCAGGAGGAGAAAGAGGAUGAGGUAAAAUCGCUUCAUAACGCCGUCCUGGAAUCCGGUAAUCUGCCUGCCAAGAAGGGCUCAACGCUCGACUACCAAUUCGUCGUGCCAAGCGAUGUGGUGAAAAGUAAUAAGGUAAAGACUUCGAUCAUACAACGACGAAAACAAAUCGGCCAGUACUCAUUAGUGCCUUCGGUAGUCUACAAGAUCACUAGAGCAAUUCAUCUGGACGAUUUAGGACCAUUCCAUCCCCUCAAAGAAAUCAUAGACUGUAAUAGG